AUGUCAAGACCUAAAUGUAUACAAUAUAUAGUUACUAAAAUCGAUGAAAUGAUACCAGGUACUCGCAUCAAUUGCAUUUGCAAGAUAAUCAGAGGAAUAAUGAGCGCUUCUACAGUGCGGAGUGACGGAACAAAAGUAUCUUUUGCAGAAGUUGAGGUCGGAGAUGAAAGCGGCGCUAUAAGACUUAGACUAUUCAACAGUAAACUUUAUCUAGAUCAGUGCGAUCUGGCCAAAGAAAAUCAAAGCAUCAUUAUAAGGGAUGGAAUUGUUGCAAUCACAGGAGAUUUAUUAAGAAUUGAAAUAGAUAACUACAGCACUAUUGAAGCAUCACCAGUAUCAGCUAUAUAGAUUUCCUACACAAAACAAAUCAACACAAUCAAUCUCCGUGUAAAUUCAAAAAUAUAA